AUGGUACAAAUUCGUCCUUGUACCAAGAAAGUAUUGUAUUUGAGGUUCUGGAAGGUAUCAGAUACAGUCGUAGAACCAUAUAAUGCUACUCUUUCAGUACAUCAAUUGGUAGAAAAUUCCGAUGAAACUUUCUGUAUCGAUAAUGAAGCUUUAUAUGAUAUUUGCUUCCGUACAUUGAAAUUAAGUACUCCAACUUAUGGUGAUCUCAAUCAUUUGGUAUCUGCUGUAAUGAGCGGUAUUACUACAUGUUUAAGAUUCCCCGGUCAAUUAAAUGCAGAUUUAAGAAAAUUAGCUGUAAACAUGGUACCAUUCCCACGUCUUCAUUUCUUUAUGGUUGGUUUUGCACCAUUGACCUCUAGAGGAUCACAAGGAUACCGUGCAUUGACCGUUCCAGAAUUGACUCAACAAAUGUUCGAUGCCAAAAACAUGAUGGCAGCCUCAGAUCCAAGACAUGGUCGUUAUUUGACUGUAGCUGCUAUGUUCAGAGGACGUUGCUCAAUGAAAGAAGUAGACGAUCAAAUGUUACUUGUUCAAACAAAGAACAGUUCAUACUUUGUCGAAUGGAUUCCAAACAACGUCAAAACCGCUGUAUGUGAUAUUCCACCAAAAGGUCUUAAAAUGUCAGUCACCUUUAUCGGUAACUCCACAUCCAUUCAAGAAUUAUUCAAACGUAUCAGCGAUCAAUUCACUGCUAUGUUUAGACGUAAGGCUUUCUUACAUUGGUAUACUGGUGAGGGUAUGGAUGAAAUGGAAUUCACUGAAGCUGAAUCUAAUAUGAACGAUUUAGUAUCAGAUAUGAACACGUGA